AUGAUUUCAUAUAUUAUUGUUUAAAUAAUGCAAUGGAAUUCUCUCUCUCUCAGAGUGUAUAAAUAGUUUGUGUCUGUUGAUGACAGCAAGCAUUCCUGCAUACAACUUUGUCAAGUCAUAUUUCAAAUUAAACUUAACAAAAUGUUCAAAAUUUUCUUCUUGUUAUUCGCUGGUUUGUUGGCUUUCGCCGCCGCUGCUCCCUCUCCAGUAGCUUCUCCCAAUCCAGAUCCUGCCCCAGCUCCUCAAGUAUUCUAUAGUGGUUAUCCUGCCUAUGGUUAUGCUGCUUAUCCUGCCGUCUACUAUGGUUAAUCUCUCCAUUAAUAAUAUAUAAUAUAUUCAUGAAUUGGUACAGAAUUGGAAUGGAUAUUGGGAAUACGGCCUCGUUUUAAUGUUAGAUCUUAGUGUUUUUGUUUUUUAUUUUUAAACAUUUUUUUGUUUUAUUAAAUGCAUUUAAAAAGAUAAAAAA